AUGCUUUCCAGCCUUAUUUCUCGCCUUCGCCGAGAGCGCACCCAAAAUCGACUUGCUUCGGAUGGUCCAAGGGAAGAAAGUCUGGAGCUAGACAGUCACCCACUGUUGGAGUCAGACACUGAGGAUAAACCUCGAAGCGAUCAGAAUGAAGCAGGAUACGCGGAAAGCAAGUCAAGCAUUCCACCUCCCAGACCCGUGGGCGCCAGCUGGGCCAGCCUCCCGAACAAGACUCAAGUGAUCUUGUUGUUACUGGUGAAAUUUUCAGAACUCGCCUAUCGAUCUUCGACACGGACAUAUCUUUAUUCUCAGCUAAAAUGGUUCGAUCCCUCGUUACCCGAUUCUGUGGUGUCCACGCAAGCUGGCACCAUCCAAGGAUUCUCGACAGCCGUCCGAGUGGGCAGUGCAAUUAUUGUCGGUCGCUUAGCGGAUAAAGCAAGCAUCGGAAGAAAAAAUAUGCUUCUCUUGGGUUUGUUCGGCUAUGCAGUCUCGUCUAUUGGAUUGGCCUUUUCAAGGUCAUUCUUCACUGCCGCGAUGUUUCAAGCCGCAGGGGGCCUACUUGAUGGAAAUGCUGGAUUAGUUCGCACCGUUCUGGCGGAGACGGUGAAAGAAAAACAGUAUCAAACCCGGACCUUUACGCUGCUUGCCGUAUUCGCCAACAUGGGGGGAGCAAUCGGGCCCAUUAUCGGUGGAGUCCUAGCUGAUCCUGUCAACAGCUAUCCCACGGUCUUUGGGCCCGGUCCUCGUGGAUGGAUGACUAAAUGGCCCUACGCUCUCCCUAGCCUUGCGAGUGCCUUGCUGUGUUUGCUUGUCGUCGUCAUGUUAUCUUUAGGUCUUGAUGAGACGAGUGAGGCAGCUCGCCACCGAACCGAUCUGGGCCGGCGAGCAGGGAUACUAAUCGCCUACGGCUUGUGCUCGCCUCGGACGCGCUACUCAUACCGACCUUUGGGUGAGAAUGAAAUGAUUGAUAGAGGCCAAGACGAUGUGGCGAGAAGUGAAGUAGGCCUCAAUGACGCUUCAGCGAGUUCUCGCUCCUCUACCUCCCACGAAUCGUCGGGCAUCCGCUUCUUGCUGGUGCCGACCGUGUUGACACUGAUCUCGCGGUUCUUGUUCAACCUCCAUGACGUGACAUACAAUACUCUCUCCCUAGUCUUUUUCCCUGCUCCGCGUGCUUCCCUGUUGAAUGAUCAGGGAAUCCAUUUUGGGGGAGGGCUAGGGUUGACAACCUCGCAGGUCGGAAUAGCCAUGUCCAUCUCGGGGUUUAUCACUAUUCCCCUUUCUCUCCUCGUCUACCCCAACAUCUCAAACCGAUUGGGGAUUCUGCGCUCCUACCUCAUCUUUUUGCCAAUUGCUCUGCUCCUUUACGCAGUGACACCAUUUCUGGUGUUCGUCCCAGACCGAGAUCUCCCGCUGUGGCUUUCGAUCGGGGGACUUAUGUGUCUCAAGGCAAUUUCACGUACAUUCACUUGUCCGGCAUCAUCUAUUAUCUUGAAUAACUGCGUUCUAGACCCGAGUGUCAGAGGGACGGUGAAUGGAGUGGGAUCAAGUAUCACCAAUGCCGCUACAAGCAUCGGCCCAGCAGUCGGAGGAUGGGUCCUGGGUCUUGGAUUCAAAUACAACUUGGUGGGUGCAGCGUGGUGGGGACUGGUAGUAGUGGGAUUGGUACAGUGGUUUAUUCUAUGGCAUUUAAGACAUAAGUAG